GCGACGCGUUUGCGAAAGCAGCGGACCAACUUUUUUGUGUGGCAGGCAGCAUCAUCGAUUCAAAGUAUCUUAUACCGAGCAUUUGUUUAGUUCCUCGCUCUGAAAGUUUGCAUGCUAUUUUACGUGUGCGGUUUAUUUUUUUUUAAGGUAACCUGGCGUGUUUGCUUGGUAUAAAGUGAGUCCGCAGUAUAGCGGGAGGGUGAAUUGUGAGGAUUUAAUUGUAACGCGUGGAGAGUGGAAUCUGGAAUCUAGUUGCGUUGACGAACCCAAAUGAUUGUGUGUGGCGUUUAAACACGACCCCCACGUGUAACUUCUUUUAGAGUUUGCACGUCUCUUACCUCGCAGUGAGAGUGAGGGUUUUUGUUUAGUUUUACUGAGCCAGAGUUUGCAGGUGGGGGGGAAAUUCGUUGAAGCAAGUGGACAACACCAUCGGACUCAACAAUGAAAAGCUGGAAAGCAAAGUUUAAGAAAAGCGAUACAAGCGAGUGGAGCAAGUAUGGCGAUCGUCUACUUCAAGCUGUGGAGCAAGGAGAUGCUGAGAAGGUUGCCCUGCUACUCAGCAAAAAGGGCAUCUCUGCCACCAGGCCUGAUGGAGAGGGGAGGACUGCGCUGCACCUGGCUGUCACAAGAGGCAGCUCUGAUUGCUUAGACGUCAUGCUGUGCCAUGGAGCUGAUGUUGGCUUACUCGAUCCAUCUGGAUUAAGCGUCCUUCACCUGGCUGCCAAGUACGGUCAUACACAGUGUGUCCGCAAGCUUAUACAGCACAAGUAUCCCGUGGAGGCCGUGGAUCCGAGUGGUUUGACAGCUCUGCACCAUGCAGCGAUUUCUGGCAUUAUACCAUGUGUCCAGUUUCUCUGUGAUCAAAAGGCCUUUGUGGAUGCCAGAGACUUGGAAGGUCAUACUGCGUUAGCAUUGGCCGGUAGAUUGGGACGAGUUGAAGUUUGCAAGCAUCUACUGGAGCGAGGAGCAGAUGUAAAUGCAUUCAAUAAGGAACUCAAAACGGUGCUCAUGCUGGCCUGUGAGGGAGGCCACCUGGCCACAGUGGAGUUGCUGCUGAAACAUGGAGCCGAGCCAAUGGCCGUGGACUCGGUAGGGCACAGCGCCCUGCACUACGCCUGUCGCUCUGGGAACCCUACGAUGCUCACGCUUGUGCAGUCCGCCACGCGGAUGAGCUCGCAUGCUGCGGAAAUAGAGGAGGUAAUUGAAAGGAACAAGGUACUUGAAAAGACAAAUGAGGCGUUAACAGAAUCGUUGGACAAAAUGCAGACGAAACAGCUCACGAUGACACGGAGAAUUCAAGAACUGGAAUGCUUGCUUGAAGAAAGCAGGCAUGAAGCGGCUAAAUGGACUCCACAUGGGUCACCUGUUGAGUCAACUGAGUGGGGAGAACACGGCUUGACAGGUGAUCUGUCUCUUUCCUGGCACGAAAUGGAACAAGAAACUAUGACUUGUGAUUCAAACUACAAAGCAGUUCAGGAAAGUGAUUUAAAAACUCAGCACAAUAUUGAAACAGAAGAAGGCAAGAUUAUGACUGUUGGAGUUCAAAAAAACAGAUCUGAUAUGGAUCAAGAGUCCCCUGACACAUUUGACAUUUCAGAGGCCAAUAUUCAGAGUUCUUUUUCUACUUGCCAAUUGCCUUACCCAUCUAAUAUGCAUGGAAUUGCCUGCCAAUCUGUCGAUGAAACUUCAGAAAACAUUACAUUUGGAAACAGCAUCAAAGGACAAAGAACAAAUGGGUCGGGCUUGAGUAAUCCUGUCCAUGUGGCCGAUAGUACAAAUCAAGAAUGUCUCUUUGAAACUGGAGAGCAAAACAAAGAAGAUAACUCAAUAACAAACUUUCCAGGAUUUCUAAAUCGUGCAGAAAGUUUGGUUCCGAAAGAGGAUGCACCAGUUGAUAAAAACAUAAACUUGUUGUCACAUGAAACAAAGUUUGCAGAGGCAGUAGCUAAAGUAAACACAGAACACAUCUCUGACAUUCAUACUGUGAAAAGACAAGAUUCAAGGGCAUCACAGCUUCAAUUAUGUCCAGAAGAAAAAUCACCUAACAGGAAGAUUAAUGGAGGAACAAAAGGGCACAAAGGUGGUGAUUUGCUAAGUGAGGACAUGGCCAAGGGAGUUGAUUGCCACAGCACGGAUGUAGCAAUUGAAACAAAUGAAAUGUGUGUUCCAGGCACAAAGACAGAUAAACUAUCGUCCUAUUCCUCUGAGGUUGGAGAUGUUCAUUGCAUGACCAAGGGUAGGAAUGAAAUUGAAAUGGUCUCUUCCGUGGAAUAUUGUAAUAUGAAGGCUUCUUUUGAUGUGGAGUUGAAGACCCUGACUAAGAAACUGACAAUUCUUGCUGAUGAACACAGCAAAGUGAAUAUUGAGCUGAGCCAGAUAAAGUGCUCCCAUCUAAAGGCACAGCAGGAAAAGAAAGGCCUGCAGGCACAAGUCCUUUCCCUUGAGAAGGAAAAAACAAGGCUUCUGCAGCAUCACAGCGAGGCGCAGAAGACUACUCAGGAGCUCAAUAAAACCAAACAUGAACAUCAGCGCGUGUUGCAAAGUAAAGAGACAAUGAUUGAAGACCUUCAGAAAGAGGUUGGUAAACUGAGGCUGGCUCUCAACAGUCUCUCCAAGCUGGCAUACACAUCAAGUGGGAGCAAGCGAGCAGGCCAGCAGGCAGAGAGCCUACAACAGCAGCUCAAGCUGACCCAACAGCAGCUGGCGGCGGCAGAGAGGCACCACAAGGAUGUCGUGUCUGUCUACCGGAUGCACUUACUCAGCGCUGUGCAGGGACAGAUGGAUGUGGAGGUACAAGAGGCACUACGGCAGAUUCUCAAGAUGCACCGAAUCCACAAGUCUGACUCCUCGUGAUCAGCAACCAUUGCAUAGCAACGCAGUACAAGUGUCGGCUUACAGCAGAUAUUGAAGUCAUUUACUAAAUGAACUUCUACCAAAUAUUUUGUAUAAAAAAACAACAGUUGUGGCUUAUUUUAGAUAUUGUAUUUCUUGAAUUUAUUUGAUAUAAAGUUUUUUUUUUAUAUAUGAAAUGCUUGGCAUUUAAAAUACAAAUGUCAUCUGCUGUUAGAAGCCAUACUAAAAUUAUUACGUUCAUUUUGUAAUGUUAUUGUGAUGUGUUGACCAUUAUAAAAUGCACAUUAAUAUAGCUACAUGCAACAUGAUUAUACCAUAAUUCAUUUACACUACUAGCAGCAUUUUUCAAUACAAAUUAUCACCUGUUAUUGCCUGUUAUUCUUGCAUUGUUAGUGUAUCGAGUAUCAACAAUAGCAUGGCAAUAAAGACUCACAGCGCUGUAUUAAAUAACACAGUGUAUCCAAUUACGUAGUUUGUAACAAUCAGAAUACAUUUCUAUUUGCUUUGUCUUUUAAGGGAUUACAUGCCUAUCCAGCAUAUGGACAGUCGGUUCAAAUUACACAUUUCCAUAUUUAAGUUAGUGAGCCAUGUGAUAGCUUCGGGAGUAGACUGAUACUUUCCAGAUUUGAAGCUUUCGUGACUGCAAGGAUUCAUAUUCUUAGGUUUUUUCGGUAAAGUCAAGUAGGUAAAAAUUUUAAAUGAAUAAAAGUAAAAUAUAAAUUUUCAUUUUUUACCUACGUGACUUUACCGAAAAAACCUAAGAAUAUGAUACUUUCCAGUCCACCAGAGAGAAGAACGUAGAACAAAGUUGUUCACGAUGCCGAUCAAUUCAUUGUUUGUUUCGGCUGGCUGGGUCACUGCAUUGUGGGUCAUCACCUCUUAAUGUCCCACUUGAGAAAGAGGCAUGAGCAACGACCGGUUGCUGUUUUUAAGCGGUUGAUAGAACCACUACAAGUUUCUCAGCAGAACAAAGCCACGCGGAGCAAUGGUGGAACGCUCCCCGGUCUUUGCCAGUGGUCAUCAGUUGGACCCCUGCUUCAUCCAAUUGUCUCGCGCAGCGAUCCCAGAUUGGUUUCUGGGAUCUCAGAAUAGUUUGUGAAGGGUGAAGCAGCUGGCCUUGGUGUUCCAGGAGGUCUGGUUUAAUGUCACAGAACCAGCAGUUGGUUUGCUGCCAUGAAAGGACCGUUUUUUUUUCUGACGGAAUAAUGGAUAUCUUGAAAUCGAAUAUAUAAACGAUAUCUAAAAAGGCAAAAGUGAUGAUAUUAGGCAUGCAAUGAGACACUUAACAGGUGGGAUGCGUGAAGGCUAUCAUUUCCUGCCCACUAUGAAUCUCUACAAGACAAAGAAAAGCUAGGUCAUGACCUGUCUCUGUAAGUGAUGAUAGUUGACAACAGCAGUGAUCGACUGCUAGCCAACAGAAGGAUCACAAAUGAGAGAAUGACCCAAAAAUAAGAUGAAGUGAUGACAACACAGCAUAUGGUAUAGGAAGGAUUGUGGUAACAACAAAAGGAAAUACCAUAAGGAUGAUGGUGAUGAUUCAUUGAGCAGAUGAUUCAGAAAAUGUAUAAUUAUGACCACAAUGCUCAUUUUCAUGAUUGCUCGAUUGUAAUUUCAAGUUAUCUAUAGAAAGAAAAAUGCAGGUUAAAUUGAAAUAAUUAAAUAUCUAUUUUGCCAGGUAAUGCCCACUGAGCUAUAUAGCUCUUUUUCAGAAGUGACUUGACCACGAAUGAUAGCUCAACAAAGUAGCUUAUAUACACUAAACACGACCACGGGAAACUCCAAAUAUACUGUACAGGCAUUGGGGCCAGAAUCGAACUCCACUACCUUUAUACCAGGCGAGGUAGUUAACAUCUCACCACCGUGGCUUACAGAGAUGACCGCGAUACUAAAAAGCAGACAAGGUAUUUGUUGUGGAAAAGUUAAUUGCAAUUACUAAAUUAUUAUGAAACAUUUGUAUUUGGACAUGUUCUGAAUUCCCGAAGGAUUUUCACAGGGACCGUUUUAUGUGGCACAAAAUAAAAUAAAAAAUGUAAUACUUCAAAAUACAUGAGCAAAUAAUUUACUUUUAAAUUAGCAUGCAGCGUGACAGCCAAAAAUGGUAAUUGGAAAAUGUUAUUUGGAAAUCUUAUUCUUUGGUAAGCAUUAAAAUGUGUUUUAUGCCAUAGCUCACCAGCAGAGGGCAUUGUCUUCCUUGUAUUGCAGUACCAGGAUGAAUGCCCUUUGCCCUAUCUGCUCAACCGCACACUGUCAAAGCAGCACACAAUUCAGGCUUCAUAUUUUAAGUGCCACUAUUUCCUUUUGAAUGUACUACAUUAUACCAGUAAAUAUUGUAAUGCAUAAUGUUGCAUUGUGGGCGGGGUGUGGAUGGGGCAGAACUUUUAGAAGGUUGAUAAAUAAAAAUAAAAAAUAUAUAAGUUUAUUUGAAGGUAUUAAAACACUUUUGUUGUUUUCAAAGUCGACCCUCUAAUACAAUUUAUACGCCACAGAUUUUCCACUAUUUCAGCUGUUCAGAACUAAUUGAGUGGGAGUUUAUUUUGACCAAAUAAUAAGAGCAAUUUCCAAACUGCAUAAUCUUUUGCGGUUGAGGCAGAGUGCCACAGGAUUUUGGGCUUGAUUUGGUGGGAUUAGCCGGUAGGAAACAUGGGGAGGAGGACGGAUUACCGUCUCUUGCCUUGGGCAUGAGCCCCACAUAACGGCUUCCCAAAAGGACGCCGCUACCUUUUUGAAAAUGGAACUCAUCAGCCUUCCUAUUUUAUACUUUACCUUCAAGGAGGCUAAGCUGCUUUAACAACUGAAAAACAUCUAAUUUGUUCUUUCGGUAAAGUCACGUAGAAGGGAAAUAAUAAAAUAAAAACAUAAUAAAAUACA